AUGCAAAAAACACAGCAGAAACGUAAAGGAGGACAAAUUCGGUUUACCAAUGAACAAACUGAUGCACUCGAAAAUAAAUUUGACAAUCACAAAUAUCUCAGCCCGCAAGAACGGAAGAAGCUGGCCAAAUCCCUGAGUCUCAGUGAACGUCAGGUCAAAACAUGGUUUCAAAAUCGUCGGGCAAAAUGGCGACGUGUACGGAAAGAUGGCGAAGAUGAAGAGGAUGCCAGCGCGGACAGAGCCACAAGAACCGUCGGAGCUCCCACCCAGAAUUCCUAUUACUUUCCUGCCAGAUUUUAA